AUGGCAAAGUACGACAAAACCACCGAGGGCUUGACCCUUGUUCAUGACUUUGCUCAAGAGGUCAAGGGCAAGAUCUUUCUCUUGACAGGGCCCAGUAAAGGAGGAAUCGGCGCCGAGACUGUAGUGACAUUGGCCUAUGGCGGCCCAGCUAUGAUUAUUCUGCUCGGUCGUUCCUUGUCCAAGAUACAACCUAUCAUUGAUUCCAUCAAGGAGAUCAACCCAGACAUCAAGGUCAAAUUCGUCGAAAUCGAUUUGUCCUCUCUCCGUAGCACAAGAGAAGCGGCGCAGAAAAUCCUUGAUGAUGAAGAGAUUAGCCAUGUCAACGUUGUCAUCAACAAUGCCGCGGUAAUGGGUCCCCCUUGGCAACAGACCGAGGACGGCUUCGAGCUUCAACUGGCCGCGGGUCACCUAGGUCACUUUGUCCUGACCAACAGCAUCAUGCCCAAGAUCCUGGCGGCCGGUGCUGGUGCGCGCAUCGUCAACGUUAGUAGCUCCGGACACCGUUACAAUCCCUUUCGCUUCUUUGAUCCAAACUAUACAAUUCCAGGGUCGUACAAUGGCUUUGCGGCUUAUGGCUCGGUCAAGACGGCCAAUAUUCUCUUUUCCGUGGCCCUCAACCGGCGCCUGACCCCACGCGGUAUCCAUGCCUACGCCAUCCAUCCAGGCAGUAUCUCCACGAACCUACAAGAGUAUAUGAAAGUCUACGGGGCCGAGGAGGCCGCCAUCAUGGAAGACGGCUGUUGGCGAGUGCUAGGCAUGUCCUUGGCCACCCAUCGCGCCACUGGCGGUUGGAAGACACUGGCUCAGGGAUGUGCCACCACGCUCCGGGCCGCUCUCGAUCCCGACUUGGUCAAGGAAGAAGGCGUAUACCUGGAGGACAACAAUCUGACGACCGACACUCGACUGAUCAAGGAGUGGGCCACGGACGCGGAACUGGCUGAACAGUGCUGGAAGCUGAGCGAGGACCUUGUUGGUCAGAAGUUUGAGAUUUGA